CGCCGCGCGCGCUUGCGCGGUGACGUCACGGCGCCGCUCGCCACGCGUCUCGUACAGUAGCAAGAGUCGUUGUGGGGAAGGCGACGGCGACUCCGUGCGACUCAUCGCCACUGAUCGCUACUCCGUGCGACUCCGUGCGACUCGGCGGGCAGCCGGCACCGCCGCAGUGCGCGGCGAGUUGCCACUGACGAGCGCUGCGCAGGGAUCCGGUGUCGAACUCGGGUGCCUGGGACCUCAUCCUCCUAUGCGCCCAACCACCACCACCACCGCCACGGCGAGACGGACACAGCGGGCGACUGGGUAACACGUGGAGCGGUCCCCGGGAUGGCGGGGGGCCGCAGGGGCCCAGCCCGGCAGCAGUACCCCCGCGUGCCCCUUCCUGCGCAGGGAGGAGUGGGGGGCUCCGGCAGGAAUGGUACGGCCUCGGGGCUGAAUAGCCCCCCACUUGCCGCGGCGAGCGGGCCGUACCAAAUCAAGCACGCGCACGUGCCGGAUGUGGCACUGGACAGCGGGCUCGUCUUCGAGGCGCUGCUGCUGGCGUACCUGUUGCUGGCGCUGUGCAUGCACUACGUGAACCUGUACAAGACGGUGUGGUGGUACCCGCCCGAGGGGCCGCCUUCUCACACCUCGCUGAACUUCCACAAGAUCGACUACCACCUGGUGGCGUUCAUCGGGGUGCUGCUCUCCCGCCGUCUCGUGUGGACGCUCGUCACCGAGGUGAGCCAGUGGCAGGCACGGCCCUCGCCCGCGGCCUGGCGCUACGCCACGCUGGUGCUCGCUCGCCUCGUGCUGCUCACCGGCUCCGGGUGGACGCUGUGCUGGGCGCUCAUCAACCUCUUCCGCAGCCACUCGUUCAUCAACCUGCUCUUCCUCUGCUAUCCGUUUCUCGUGUACAUCCCCCUAUACGGGCUGCACCACGAAGGGGUGCGGGGCUCCGACGGCGGGGGCUCGGAGCUCACCGGCAGCCCCCCUCCGUCACCACGGAAACCAGCGGAAGGCAGCGAUGGGGAGGAAUCCAAGCCGAGGCCCUACCGGGCCCUCAUCUUAGAAACGCUUAGGGAGCAGUUCCACAGCGGGGACAGCAUCCCCACGCACGCGUGUGUGCUGUCGCCCGGCCUGGUGCGCGCCGAGGUGCACAUGCUCAAGACCGACUUCAACAAGCGCAUCAAGGAGAUCCUCUUUAAUUCGCUGUUCAGCGCCUACUACGUCGCCUUCCUGCCGCUGUGCUUCGUCAAGAGCACGCAGUACUACGACAUGCGCUGGUCGUGCGAGCACCUCAUCCUGGUGUGGGUGAACACCUUCGUGAUGCUCACCUCGCAGCUGCUGCCGCCGCGCUACUGCGACCUGCUUCACCGCGCCGCCACCCACCUGGGCCGCUGGCACCGCCUGGAGAGCGGCGCCUACAGCCACACGCCACAGCACGCUUGGUCGGAGACGACGAUCUGGCCCCAGGGAGUGCUGGUGCGGCACAACAAGGGCCUGUACAAGGCCGUCGGCUCCUGCAACGUCGCCGUGCCCUCCGACGCGUCGCACUCGCGCUUCUACUUUCUCUUCCACAAGCCGCUGAGGGUGCUCAACUCGCUGCUGGCGCUGGAGGGCGGCGUCGUGGUGUACCAGCUGUACUGGCUGGCGCGCUCGGACCGCUGGAACCACGCCCUGUCGGCCGCGCUGCUCCUCUUCGCCAACUACUGCCUCGUGUUCCGCCUGCUGCGGGACCGCCUGCUGCUGGGGCGCGCCUACGGCCGCGACUCGCCCCACGCCGCCGCCCACGCGGCCGGCGGCUCGGCCGUCGGCUGAGCCGCCGGGCGGUCGCGACGCCGGCGCCCGGGCUCCCGGCGCCGCCCCCUCGUCCCCCCUCGCCCCCCCUCCCCAGCGACGCGCACCAACGCGUGAACCCGGAGAGCGGAGGCGACGCGUGCGACCGCAUCGUCCCCCGCUCCGACGAAGGUGCGGCGCGAACGUGACUUGGCCUCGUCUUGUAAAUAUGGAGCGAUGUUUCCCCCCGACGAGACUUUUGAAAGGAAGAUGCGACCGAGCGGCUCUCGCGUUGUGGACGCGUGGGUAAGCCCCCCCCCCCACCAUGCCGCGUCCCAGGCCGAGCGUUCUCUCGCGAAGUCGGGGGACGGCUCGAGAGCGCUCCGUCUCCCCGGCCGCCAGUCUCGCGAGGAAAACUCGGAGGGCGGGAGGGGGGUUGUGGGAAAUGCGGCCGCGUUCGUUGCCCGGCUCGCCUGUCGGCGGCGAGGAUCGUCGUGCGGCGGUUCCCGGUGCUCCUGCGGUAACUUUGUGUGCGGGGACACGCCGGUAUCUCCCCUGCCGCGUCGAUGAGCCCUCCGUCAGUGACGCCUCGCCUUCAAAGUCGGCGCCUCGGCCAGUUUUCUGAUCGGCACGUCGCCGCACUGCCGCGGCUGCCACCGUGCCCGCCAUGCGGCGCCGAGUUUUGAGCGGCGUAGUCGGUGUGUGUGCUGUAAGAGGCGUGUGUAGAUGUGUAUAUGUGUAAGAGGCGUGUGUAGAUGUGUAUAUGUGUAAGUGGUGUGUGUAGAUGUGUAUAUGUGUAAGUGGUGAGCGAGUCAGGCCCCUGCUGGAUGAGAGCCUCCCCUCCCCCACAAAGGUGCGGGUCAUGUGAACAUACUUUACCGCGUCGGCCGGCUGGUGAAGGCGGGGAGCAUAGAUAGUCCUUGUAGAAUAGAAGUAGAGUACAACAAUGGAGUUGGCUGCAGCUUUCCCCUGCCGACAGCUUCGCCUUAUCAGCGUGGGGCAGUGCAGGUGCCUCGACCAGUAUUCAGCGUCGUGGCCGGACACGGUCCUAGCGGGUAAGAAGCACACGCAUCACCCGCUGAGCCGAUUCACCCGCUGCACACGCUGCACACGCUGCACCCGCUGCACACGCUGCACGUUCUUGAUGCAAUCGGCAUGUUGGUGGUUACGAGCGCCAGCUGGAAGCUUCGCAGCCAUCUUCCACCACCGGUUCGCACGUCACAGGCUGACCCCUCUGGGCGUGACGCUCGUUGGCUUUCCACAUUGCCCCCCCCCCCCUCUCUCAUGCAAGUGUUUCUUAAGAGCGGCGUUGGAGCGGUCCCCACGAGGCCGGCGACCGUGGGGAAGACCUAGGGCCGGCUGGUCGGACACCGUCAUCAGGGCUGAUCUUUCUUGGAGGUCGCUGCGUGAUCGGACGGAGGGUGGAGGGCGUUGGCAGUGAGGUUUAUCUCGCGAAUGUCGAUACGAGGUGACCGUGCAGGGCAACAUAUGCGGAGCAUUAAAAAACAAGUCCGCUUGAGAGGAUGCGCGCACGCAGUCGCCACGCGGCAGCCCCCACCGCCUCCGGCACGCCACGGCCGCCUCAACGGACGGGUCACCGGCGAGAUCCUUGGUGGCGCGCUCGGCACCAGGACGGGGGCUGGGUGCUGGGACUUGACACACGGGGACUGGGACUUGACACACGGGGGCUGGGUGCCAGGACUUGACACACAGGGGCUGGGUGCUGGGACUUGACACACGGGGGCUGGGUGCCAGGACUUGACACACGGGGGCUGGGUGCCAGGACUUGACACACGGGGACUGGGUGCGAGGACUUGACACACGGGGACUGGGUGCGAGGACUUGACACACGGGGACUGAGUGCCAGGACUUGACACACGGGGGCUGGGUGCCAGGACUUGACACACGGGGACUGGGUGCGAGGACUUGACACACGGGGGCUGGGACUUGACACACGGGGACUGGGUGCUGGGACUUGACACACGGGGGCUGGGACUUGACACACGGGGGCUGGGUGCCAGGACUUGACACACGAGAGCUGUGGGGUUUGGCCUCAUUGCUGCCGAUGUGGCUCUCACGGUGACAUUGCCGCCCGUGUGUUCACACGUUGUGUGUCAGCUGAUCGAGUCCGGGCGCGUGCGACAUUGUGAUUCAAGACACGUUCUGUACAAUUGCCUCAUGUUGGUGUCAUAUAAAUGUACUAAUAAUAAUGAUAAGCAUGUAAGAUUUCACAGCUCUUUUGUCAAACCACUGCUCGGUGAAGGGCUGCGCUCGCCUGUCAAUCCUGACGGCUGUUUGACCAUACUUCACCACGCUGGUCAAUGCGAGGGGGGGGCAGGACCGGUUGAUAUCACUCCGCUGCUGGUGUCGGUGGUGGCCGCGAAUCCAAAGUCCCGUCGGCAAGUUCAAAGCGCAGCGCGCUAACCACUGCAGCGCCAUUCCCUCCGCCUCGAUAAACCUACUUGGAACGUGGCGUGGGAGCGGCCGUUUCUGUUGAAUGUUUGGAGGCAGUGGGCCUGCGUGCCUCCCCUCUCAGCGCACUAAUAAACUUAAACUUAACUAUUCUUGUUUCUUUCGGUAAAGUCACGUAGAAGGGAAACAAAAUAAUAAAAAUAUAAAACAAUAAAAUUCUCACGACGUUUCGACUGCAACACAAGCAAUCAUUAUCAGGUGUGAAAAC